UCGGAGGCGUGAUGGUAUUUAGGAGAGAAACGCCUAGGCUUGGGAGACCAGGAGGACUAGGAGGGCCUGGCUUGAGUACACCUUGAGUUUGGGGUCAGGAGUAGAAAGGACCUGGGUCGUGUGCGCAGCCUGGAGCAGAGUUACAACAGAAUGCCAGAUCUUGGGCGGGGGACUGUACUAAAAGGGAUUGGAGAGGGGCGGAGCCAAAGGGGACCGAACUGAAGCUCUAAAGGAGAAGGGGGCGGGGUCCCGGGUGGAGGUGCUGCGCCCUAGGCCGGCCUCUCCGGGAUCUGCACCGCCUGCCUGAAGUCUCGUGAUGUUGGUCAUAAGGUCUCCAGUGCCAGCUGGGCCAGCCGCCGCGGUUGCAGCAUGGCCUCGGAGCAGGAUGUGCGGUCCAAGCUGCAGCGCGCGGGCCAGGAUCAUCUCCUCCGCUUCUGGGACGAUUUGGCUCCCGAGCCUCGAGCGGCGCUCCUAGCGGAGCUCGCCUCGCUGGAGCCCGAUGUUCUGCGUGAGCACUGCCAGCGUGCCUCGGCCGCCUGCUCGCUAGCCCCGGGCCCUCUGCCGGACCUGGCGGCGCGCCUGCAGCCCCUGCCCCCAGAACGCGUAGGCAGCGCGACCCGCUGCGACCAAGAGACACGCCGGCGGUGGGAAGAGGAAGGUUUCCGACAGAUUGCUCUGAACAAGGUGGCUGUCCUGCUGCUGGCCGGUGGGCAGGGAACUCGCCUGGGCGUCACCUACCCUAAGGGCAUGUAUCAAGUAGGGCUGCCCAGCCAGAAGACCCUGUACCAGCUGCAGGCAGAGCGGAUCCGGCGUGUUGAACAGUUGGCUGGCCAGCGACUGGGGACCCACUGCACCGUGCCCUGGUACAUCAUGACCAGUGAGUUUACACUGGGACCCACCAUCAAGUUCUUCAAGGAGCACGACUUCUUCCACCUAGACCCCGCUAACGUGGUCCUGUUCGAGCAGCGCAUGCUACCUGCAGUGACCUUUGAGGGCAAGACCAUACUGGAACGGAAAGACAAAGUUGCCAUGGCCCCAGAUGGAAACGGGGGCUUGUACCGUGCCCUGGCGGACCACCAGAUCCUUGAGGACAUGGAGCGGCGGGGCGUGGAGUUUGUGCAUGUGUACUGUGUGGACAACAUCCUGGUGCGUCUGGCGGACCCGGUCUUCAUAGGCUUCUGUGUGCUUCGGGGAGCAGACUGUGGUGCCAAGGUGGUGGAAAAAGCAUACCCCGAGGAGCCAGUGGGUGUGGUGUGCCAGGUGGAUGGUGUCCCCCAGGUGGUGGAAUACAGCGAGAUUAGCCCCGAGAUUGCUGGGCUCCGAGGGGCUGGCGGGGGCUUGCUCUACAACACAGGCAACAUCUGCAACCACUUCUUCACCCGAGACUUCCUGGAUGUGGUCACCAGGGAGUUUGAGCCCUUGCUGAAGCUGCAUGUGGCUGUGAAGAAGGUCCCCUACGUGGAUGAGGAGGGAAAUCUGGUAAAGCCGCUAAAACCGAAUGGGAUAAAGAUGGAGAAGUUUGUGUUUGAUGUGUUCCAGUUUGCUAAGAACUUCGUUGCCUUUGAAGUGCCUCGGGAGGAGGAGUUCUCCCCGUUGAAGAAUGCGGACACAGCCAGCACUGAUAACCCCUCCACCUCCCGGAGAGCUUUGUUGGCUCAGCACUACCGCUGGGCUCUGCAGGCCGGAGCCCACUUCCUGGAUGCACAUGGGGUCCAGCUUCCCGAGCAGUCUGGCUUGCUCCCAAAUGGAGACCCUCCAGCCAUCUGUGAGAUAACGCCCUUGGUGUCUUACUCUGGAGAGGGGUUGGAGAUGUACUUGCAAGGCCGAAAACUCCAGUCUCCAUUCAUUCUGGAUGAGGACCAAGCCAGGCUGCUGCAGCCACAGAAGUGCUAACCUGCUUGCUCCCAGCCUCUCCAGCCCUGGGGGCCUGUCAGAUGCUGAUAGAGCUCUGGCCCAGGCUCUGACUAGAAAUGCUGGCCUGCGGGGCACAGAAGGGAGUGUGCUAGUUUACUUCACAAGGUUGGGACCUCUUGGGUCCCGUCCGUCCGUCCCCACCCCCCCGGGGGGGGGCGCUGUGACUGUCUUCUAUGUGUGGUGUUUGCUUGUUUUGUUUUUGUCUCAUUGCUGACUCUGGGACUCAGCUGAUGGGCAAAGGGUUGGGGACCUUGGAAAAUGCGGCUAGAGGUAGAGUGUGAGGAGGUGUUGUCUGAGAAGGGACAGGAGACGCCCUCUGUCAUCCGCACAGGCCAGCCACAUGCCCAGCAGACGGUGAGAUGUGCCUCAUGGGGAUAUGGUUAAAGGACCCCUCCUCCCAGUAGCAGACCCAGUAGCUGAGCACGUCACCCCAUGUGCCUAGACAGAAGAAGCCUGAUGCCCUGGUUAAAACUAGCCUUGAGAACUCUGAUCCGCACACUGAGAUGAAAGCAGUUCUCCGGGCCUUCCCCAGCUGUCUCCCACAGCCCCAAGUCUCCCAGUCGACACCCACAAGUGGGCCUGGCUGCUGUGUUCUUAAGUCUUUCCCCCCAGAGAACCGGAGGCCACACUGUUGACUCGGACUGGCUGCUGGUUCUGACCCAGUCCGGAGCACACCUCAUCCUGCUUAGUUUCUUUUCCCAGAGCUUAGCGCUUAGGCUCUCCGCUGGAGGUGUAGCCUCUGUCUGUCUAGGUGGUGCUCAGCUCUGCCACCCAGCCUUGUUCUGUCUCUGACACGACUCCGUUGACUCAUAGCCACUUUCCCAUGUGGGAAAAUGGUGACACUGGCCCUUCCCCAAAUGUAACCGUGGUUAGGAGAGGCAGCCUGCUCCUCAGCCACCCAGCCCCAGAUGUGUGGGCUCCUGCUCUCAUCCCUGGCCGCUUUCCCAGAGGAGGUUUCUGGGAAGAGUAUAUUUACCAUUCAGUGUGGAAACAGCGGGUCUGGACGUGGGAAAGAUGGCAGGAUUGGGCCCAUGGCCGCCAUUGUUGGGACUGACAUGUCAAAGACAAACUGGGCUCUGUGGUCAUUUGCUGUCGGCCCCAGGAGCAAGCUGUAUUUUGGCACCCUUCUCUUGCUGCUCCACACACAAGCUGGGGUCCCUGGAGCAGGAGAGGGUCCCUGAGGGAGAUCACAGCCUCAGGCUCCUCCUGAAUAAACAAUCAGUUGGGUGAAUUCUUGAAAGGAGUUAAAAAAAAAUUCAAAGAGGCCUCCAUGUCCUUCACCCAUUUCCCUGGUGAGGGUAUCUUACAUGAUUAUAAGACACUAUGAAGCUGGCAGUGAGGGGGCGCAGUGUAUAGAGCUUUCAGGGGGCUGUAUUAUUGUACCCAAAUUGUUCCCUCACCCUAGAGCUCUCCAGGCACACCCCACCACUCCUAGACCCAGACUGCCCUGAAAAGACUGACUUUUGAGAGACUGGACAUUGUUUUCACAGACAGGACAUAUGCAGUAAAUCCCGGCCGGCCACGGGUUGGUUUGUCUUUUUUGGAGGCAAGGUCUUGUGUAUCCCAGGCUGCCCUUGAAUUAGCUACAUAGCCAAGGACGACCUUGGACAUCUGAACCUCCUGGAUAAGGUGUUUAGUUUAUGGGAUGGUGGGAACUGAAUCCAGGGCUUCCUUUGCGUGGUAGGCAAGCGCUCUACCAACAGCUCCAGCCCCAGGUGCAGUGUUUCAUGGCAUACAGACGGGGGUGGGUAUAUCCAAGGGACAGGGCCUUGGGAACAGGAGGCUGCCCAAGAAACCUUUCAUGCUUCUAUCCUGCUCUUCACUGGGGAUUCAGAAAAACCCAAGACAUAGGACACUCAGGGAAGUCCACUGGAGUUGGGCUGGAGGCUCACCCACGUGCACGUCCCUUCUUGAUAAGCCUGUACUUAGUUACUUCAGGACGCACCGCUUGAGGGCAUUGCUGGGACUACCUACAGUUAUUUGUUGGAAGACAACCUGCAGGACACUGAAUGGGACCUUGAGAAGGGAAGAGUCAUGAGUCGUGACAGCACAUGCCUUUAAUCCCAGUACUGGGGAGGUAGAGGCAGGCUGAUGUCUGUGUUCGAGGCCAGCCUGGUCUACAAAGCAAGUUCUAGGACAGUCAGGGCUGUUACACAGACACCUUGUCUUGAAAAACACAAAAAACAAAAGGGAAGGAGACAGACCAGGAGAGUUUUCAAAUUCAGAGAAACCAAAGGCCAGGCAGGCUUGCCACAUGGGGACCCCUUCAGGCACCCAGAAAUGCACACUGUAAAUGUGCAGCUGAAACCUGGGUGUGGUGCACACCUUUAGUGCCAGUACUAUGGAGGCAGAGGUAGGCAGAUCUCUUGAGUUCGAGGCCAGCCUGGUCUGCAUAGCAAGUUCCAGGUCAGCCAGGACUACAUAGCAAGACUGCAUCUCAAAAACAAAAGCUGUGUAGCUGGGCCUGGAGCAGACGAGUCAGGGAGCUGCUUAUACUCCACAGACGCUGCUCACACUCCACAGAUGCUGCUUUGCAGGGUUGAGCUUGGACUUGGAACCAUGUGUAGCAAACGUAAGUAGUUCAUUGUGCAGCAUAGCUCCCAAGUCCAUGGACGGAGUGAAACUUCCCUGUUGGAUCCCUUACCGAUAGGGUAGGGUAGCAGGGAGGGCCAAGCAGUGUCCUUAGGUGCACAGGGCCCUGCUCUAGCUAUAGUUACCUUAUGAGGAAGCAGGCUGGGCCUGCUCUGGGUUCCCCACUAUAAAAGACAACAGUCUUCACACUGAACCUUACAUGGAUUCACCCCAUUUUAUAAAGUAGGGAUCUGCUGUAUCUGCAUCUCUAGUACCCAUCAAACUCACUGCGCAUCAGGAAGGCCGCCCAGAACACCAUCCGAGCUGAGAAAGAACCUUUCUUCCAUCUGGCCUGCUGUGUUCUGGUCUCUGUAUCUACUCCCUGUUCUUGCUUUCAGCCCGGAACCCUUCAGUCUCUUUAACCUUUCCUAGUGGUUCUAUAUCAUUGUGUGAUACAAACAAAAUAUGUGAUCUGAGAGUUGGCUGCUGUUAAUAAUUGAGAUUGGAGUGGAAUAAAGGAACCCAUGCUU